AGAAAUCCAAAGUGUGGAUUGUUUGUGAUUGGUGCAAAACGCACAGCAUUUGGUAAAUUUGGUGGAAUUCUCAAAGAUAAAACGGCAACUGAUUUAGCAGAAAUAGCAGCUCGAGCUGCUUUACAAGAAGCUGCGAUUAAACCGGAAAAUGUCGAUCAUGUUGUUUUUGGUAAUACAAUUCAGUCAUCUCGAGAUGCUAGUUAUUUAGCUCGUCAUGUUGCUUUAAGAAUUGGUCUUCCACAUUCGAUACCGGCUGUAACAAUCAAUAGACUUUGUGGUUCGGGCUUUCAAUCCAUCAUAGAUGCCUGUCUCCAAAUAAAAUGUGGUGAUUCUAAAAUUGUCCUUACUGGAGGAACCGAAAGUAUGAGUCAGGCUCCCUUUAUCGUACGAAAUGUUCGAUUUGGUACAACUUUUGGUGCUGAUUAUAUGUUUGAAGAUUCACUUUGGCAAGGCCUUACUGAUGAAUUCAUAAAAAUGCCUAUGGCAAUUACGGCUGAAAACCUUGGAGUAUUAUAUAAAUUGACUCGAAAUGAUGUAGAUGAAUUCGCGAAUAGAUCUCAGACUCGGUGGAGGCUCGCAAAUAAUGCGGAAUAUUUCAAAGCUGAAAUAACUCCAAUUAUAUUCAAAGCAAAAGAGGGCGAUUUUGUUUUUGAUGUCGAUGAACAUCCUAGAGAAACAACGAUUGAAAGUUUGGCUAAGUUGAAGUCAAUUUUUAAGAAAGAUGGACUUGUCACAGCAGGAAAUGCUUCGGGGAUUUGUGAUGGUGCGUCGUCGGUUAUUGUUGCGAAUGAAGGUUCAAUCAGUGCACUUCAUUUGACACCAUUAGCUCGAAUUGUGGCGUGGGAUGUUAUCGGUUGUGAUCCUUCGAUUAUGGGUAUAGGACCGGUAUAUGCGAUUCGCAAUAUCCUAAAGAAAACUGGAUUGGGAUUGGCAAACAUAGAUUUAAUUGAGGUUCCAUUUUCCUUAUGUGUAUUUGAUCCUUAUUUCAUUUGUCGGUUUUCAUGUGAACUAGGAAUCGAAAAUGACCAGUUGAAUGUUAAUGGUGGUGCCAUCGCUUUAGGCCAUCCAUUGGCCGCAUCGGGAUCAAGGAUUAUUGCUCAUCUUUGUCAUGAAUUGAAUCGUCGGAAUGCAAAAUAUGCAGUUGGUGCUGCUUGUAUUGGCGGAGGCCAAGGAAUUGCAAUAUUACUGGAACAUAUUUAA